AAUCGCUGGUGGCAGAGACAGACUGACACACACACGUAGAAAGAGACAGUGAGAGAGUGUUACACAGAAAUACAGAGAGAGAGGGAGACACACACACCGAGGCACAGAGUGUAGCACAGACACACACACACAUAGACAGACAGACAGACAGAGAGGGUCACAGAAACAGAAAGAAAGAGAGACAGAGAGAGGGAGACAGACACACACACAGAGUGUAGCACAGACACACACACACAGGGGGUCUGGUACGGGCAGGGACACCAGAGUGACACACAGACACAGAACGGGCAGCUAGAACAAGUGUCCGGAGCGGGUGUCGGCCGCCCACCUGUUGUCCGGAGCGGGAGCGGGAGCGGGCUCCCUGGACACAAGUGGAGUGGGCGGUGCGGAGGGAGCCGGCGGCAGCCCCGGGGCGAUGAGCCGGUCAGGCGCUGCGCUGUGAGCGGGACCGAGGGCUCACCAUGAAUCUGGGCAUCGCGCUGCUCACCCUGUGGCACCUGUGGCCGGAGACCGAGGCUGACUGGAUUCCCGAACACAGACACCGGAGUUUCCUCCUGCAUCCGACACUGGACAUGGACGUCAAGGAUUCCGAGGACCUUGGUUUGUCAUCUGUAAAUGAGGGCGAUCACGAGCGGGCAGUGCGUGUGACCCGCAGUACAGUGGUGGAAGCUGCCAAACCAGCCGAGUGCAAAGUCCGGCCGGAGGUGAUGGAGAUAACCCGGAGCAUGGUGGAUCCCACCAGGGCCAACUUCUACCUGUGGCCGAGCUGUGUGGAAGUCCAACGCUGCUCAGGCUGCUGCAACACCAGGAACUACAAGUGCCAGCCCACCAAGGUACAGGAGCGGCGAGUGAAGGUUGUGAAGAAGGUGUAUCGGCGGAAAGGCACUGUGUCCAAGACAGCAGAGGUGGUGUUACUUGAUCACAUGGAGUGCAAGUGCAUGACUGCAGCUCAGUAUGCAGACUCCCAGGAGAGAGAGGGGUCCUUGGUCUCUCCAGCUCCCACCGUGGUCCAGGCCCGCAAGUACAGCAGCAGCAAACGAAAACAUCGGAAGUUCAAACUCUUUGGUGGGAAGAAAGGGUUUCACCAAACAUAGAACCAAGCCAUGAGAUUCAGGUAUCUUCUCCUCCGAACAGCCCCUGAAUUGUGUGGUGUGACGCUGCAGUUCUGUGGUAGUCCUGCUGUUCACAGCCAACGGCAAAUUAAUAUAAUGACCUCUGGGAACUUCAUGGAUUUUGAGUAAAAGGACAAAUCCAAGACCACUGUGCACUAAAGACCAAAAUAUGACUUUCAGCAAAUGUUUAAGUAACGACCACUGGAUUUUUUGAGCAAAGACUGGAGCCAAUCAGCACUGUCGGUGGGGCUGGGAGGCCAGCAUGCCUUUGCUGGAGACUGUGUCGAGACUUGGCUCUUUGCACUGUACAUUUUGCUUUUCUCUGUCAAUGUUUUACGUUUAAUAUUUGUUUCUGUGCAUUGACUGAAGAGAACGGGAGGCCUAGCCUUGCUGCUAUUGGCUGGCUUAGCCAGUUCAUGUAGCAUUUCCAAGGGGUGCACUGGCAGUUCUGGCCUGUCCAUCAGAUGUCCCCAGCUCAGGACCCCUCUCCACUGGCAACCACACGUGCACAGAGCACAGCUUCCCUCAGGACGGGAGCCGCCUCCUCCCUGGGACAGAGAUUGAGCCCAGGUCUCUGCCCCCUGCCUCUGACUGGGAAUGGGUUCAGUCUCUUCAGUGACACUCUGCCCCACCUACACUCACUGUCCUGGCUUGGCUGCAGGCUCCAGGUGCUGUGCUUCCUCAGAGUUAACAGGUCACAGAUGGAGCCUGAGAGACUGGCCCGAGGACCAGGAUCUGGCGGUGAAGUGACCCUGAGGGGAGGAUACAGAGAGACCCAACAUUCCCACUGCCUGGAACCAUGCCACAGGCUCCAGCUGACUGCAGCUUGCUCCUGCUUGGUUACACAAUUCAGGGACUGGAGUCUGGGCUGGUGAGCCACCGGUGCUGUAGAUGGGGCAGGAUGGGUGGAGGUGAGGCUGGGGUAGCUCCUGAAGAUUGAUUGACAAAUAUCGCUGUUCAUUUCAGAUGCCAAUUGGUGCCUGAACCAAGGUCUAUGAUGCAGGGAGGGAUGUACCUCACUGGGUUACUGCUGUAAAUACUGGAUCUCAACUGUUUUUUAAAGUUAAACAUUGACUAAUUAUUUAUAUAUUUAAAGUUGCAAAAGUUUCUAUGAAGUACAAUAAACUGCUGUUUGUGUAAUGGCUGAUCCUGUGGGGCCAGGUGUAGAGGAUCUGAGAUGUGCGUGGGUGAGUCACACAUUCCAGCAACAGGGACUGCGGAAUGUAGAUGGAAUACUUGGACGCUGAUUCACGUUGCUAAUUGCCUUAAUUUGCUGCUGAGAGCCUGAGGCUAUGUGUAGGUUAGGAGGACCUUCCCU